UCCUCAGUGUGCGGAGAGCGACCGCAGUGUACACCAUCUCUACGUUUUUAGCAUAUAAGAGGACAGGCAUUGUUUUUGCGAGUGAAUAAAAGUUCGACGAUCAUUUUUUUUUCCUUCCCGCAAUAUAAUUAGCCAAGAAAAAAAAGUGUCUUGUCUUCUAAAAAGCAGAACUCAAGAAAAUUGGCGGGUCCGAUUUUGUGAAAAAAAAAUUUUUUCUUUUUUUAAUAAUCUGAGUCAAUUCUUGAUUAAGACGAGUCACGCGGUUAAUAGAGGAUUAUUUGAGAGUGACCUCGAAAAAUUCAAAGGGUAACGACGAGUGCGCGAAUUGUUGUCAUCGAACAAAAAAAAAAAGAAAGGGUUUUUUUCGAGGUCGGUGUCCUUGAAGGGGAGGGUAUACCGGCAAAGAUCAGCAUCUUCGAGUGAACGUGAGAUGCAUCUUCAUACGAGGUAACAUUCCUCGUGUUCUCGACCGCCUCCGAAUGCUUGCCGCAUGAUACAUGAAGCUCUCAGCCUCUCAAGGGGCUUGCUGGAGCAAUUGAGAAAGUUCGACCUUCUUGUCGAGAGGCGACCGAGAAUUCGCACAUGUUAGUGUUGGAUUGUUCAAUUGAGAUUACUGUGGUGUUAAAAUUCAUCACUUGUUGUGGAAAAUUUUGAUUCAGUGUUUAGAGAAAAUUUUUUUUUUGUAUCUUGUCAGAUUGAGUGAAAGAAAUUUAUUGAUUUUCAAUGAAUUGUGUUGAUUUUGUGAUUAAUUCAAUUUGUGAGGAAGAAGUGAUUUGAUUUUUUUUUUUUUACAAAGAGAGAAAGCAUGACAGUGAAAGAGCAAGGCCGGUGAAAACGCGUGAGAUAAGUUUUCGAAUCUCGAUAAUUUGUUAAAUACGUGUGUUUAAUUUCAAGGAUUGAAAAGUUCUUCGUGGAUUCAACGGAUCCGCAAACACGCGGAAUCAAGCAGACAGCGUGGAGCGCUCGGCGAUCGUGUGGCCGCGCGCAGCGGAUUUGUAUCUUUAUCAGCCAGGGUGCGCGUUUUUGACCUACUAUACUCGUGACAGUGCAAUCAGCGCCCAGAACGUUCUUCAUGAGAAGCGGACUUUACCAGGGGGUGUGACGGGCGACCGGCUGGCCGGGGACGCCGCACACCUCCUUCAUCUCUUCUUCUUCUUCUUGUGGUUAUACUUUAUGUGAUGAACCGUCCUAUUCAAGUGAAGCCAGCGGACAGUGAAAACCGCGGAGGUCCGAUGAAUGAUCCUGAUACGGCUCCUACUUUCCCUAAUGAGAAUAAAAAGACAAAUUCGGGCUAUGUAAAGUACAGACGAACGAGUACAGAAAGCUGUUCGUGGGUAUGCUCAGCAAACAACAAACAGAAGACGAUGUCCGACAGUUGUUUUCUGCCUUUGGUACUAUAGAGGAGUGCACCAUCCUUCGUGGACCUGACGGAACAAGUAAAGGCUGUGCAUUUGUUAAAUUUUCGUCGCACCAAGAAGCACAGGCGGCGAUUAAUUCUCUUCACGGUAGCCAAACUAUGCCGGGUGCGUCAUCCAGCUUAGUGGUAAAAUUUGCAGAUACUGAAAAAGAAAGACAAUUAAGACGCAUGCAGCAAACAGCUGCCAAUAUGGGCCUCAUCAACCCCUUCGUUUUCAAUCAAUUUGGAGCUUAUGGCGCCGCUUAUGCUCAACAGCAGGCGGCAAUCAUGGCUGCCGCGACGGCACAAGGAACAUACAUCAAUCCAAUGGCUGCUGCCUUGGCAGCUGGACAACUUCCUCACGCGUUAAACGGUAUGCCGAAUCCCGUCGUCCCACCUACUUCCGGUUUGGUCGUAGGUACCGGUACAGGACAGCCAGUGAAUGGAGCGAUACCUUCAUUGCCAUCGCCGACAAUGCCAAACUUCAACAUGGCUGCGCAAACGCCAAAUGGACAGCCCGCUGGAACGGAUCCAGGAGUCUACACCAACGGCAUUCCUCAGACUUAUCCAGGACAUGCCCUCCAUCUGUCCAUUCCAGCACAAGGUUUGCCCAAUGGGGAGGCGGCGCUCCAACAUGCCGCGUAUCCUGGAAUGCAGCCCUACGCUGGAGUUGCUUAUCCCGCCGUCUACGGCCAGUUUCCUCAAGCCAUUCCUCAGCCGAUGACUGCUGUUGCCCCCACGCAGAGGGAAGGAUGCUCUAUCUCAGGACCCGAAGGCUGCAACCUGUUUAUCUACCACCUGCCCCAGGAGUUUGGUGAUGCUGAGCUCAUGCAGAUGUUCAUUCCGUUUGGUAACGUCAUCUCCUCCAAAGUCUUUAUCGACCGUGCCACUAACCAGAGCAAAUGUUUCGGUUUUGUGUCGUUUGACAAUCCGUCGAGCGCGCAGGCAGCAAUCCAGGCGAUGAACGGCUUCCAAAUAGGGAUGAAGCGAUUAAAAGUUCAACUGAAAAGGCCCAAGGACGCCAACAGACCGUACUAACCCACGUCCUAGCCUAGAAAAACUGGCCGGGUCGCGCCCUAUGUUAUAACCUACAGAGUGUCGUACGACAGUACAAGCUGAAAGAUCGGAAUUGAAGAGUUUGAAUCGUCGCCACAACGCUCUCCACCGUAACAACCUAGUAUUCUAGUUAGUUAAUUCUUUAGAAAUAAAAGUAGAGGUCACCGGAGGAGGAGCUUCGUCGUCGUUCAUGAGAGAAUCCACGAAAAAAAAAAUGGGAAAAAAAUCGGAGUACACGAUUUUGUCUCUGAUCAGCCAAGACUUAAAAAAAAUGUCAAGGAUAUUUUUUCUACUCCUGUAAAAAGAAAAAAAAAUCUACUCUGUUAUCGAUAUAAUUUGUUCCUCGAAACAUCGUCAUGGAACAAUCAUACAAGAACCAGAGUCACUUUUUAACAAAAAUUAAGCAGUUAAAUUACCAAAAGAAAAAAAAAACUUUUUUCAACUUUUCUCUGCUAUAAAUUGUCAAAAGACUUAAAAGUCUCAAUUUUUCCGACUCUCGGUUCUUUCACGCGAUAAUAACAAAUUUCAAAUUUACUAGACUGAAUAUUCGGUCUAAGAGACAAGAAUUCUUCAAGUAUAGAUUCUUUCUCCGGUCUUUAAAAAAAAAAAAUAUUAUUAUUAUGCACAUGGCGUCAUAAAAUGCCAAAAAGAAAAAUCUAGUCAAUGCUGUGUGCAAAAUUUUUAUUCACGACUGAUCAAAACAACUUCACUAUAUAAAGAUCAACAUCAUAAAUUGAUUAAGUUGCAUCGUUAAAAGAGAUGUAGGUUUUAUAAUGUAAUAGGAACAAUAUAGUCACCGGGGUUGUUUUUUUUCAGUUUUCAUUAAACGAGACUGAAUUUAAAUUCAAUUAUUUGUCAUGAUAUAAAAAAUAAAAUAGAAUAUAAAUUCAGUCUACGCUUUUUAAAAUUGCAAUGGAAAAAAAAAACUAAGUAAAAGGGGGUCAAAAACUGAAAUAUAAUAAAAAAUAAUAGGAUAUAAAUUCUGGUGACUUAGAAUUAUUACCAAAAAAAAAAAAAAAAAAAAAAAAAGAGGAAGAGGAAGAAGAAGAAAAGGUGAGAUGAACAAAUACUCAAAGUACUUAAGUGGACAAAUUUCCCACAGUAAAAAAAAAACUGUGUAUAAAAUAUAUAAGAAUUUCCAAAAAAAAAAUGACAUUAAUCGAUUUAUAUCGAUUAAUCACUCCGAACCCAUUUCGUUUUGUCAAUCGAUCGCUUCAUCCGCGAAAUGCCAUCUUGGCUGUGAUUUAAUGAAACAAGAGUGAACAGUUUUUUCUCCACCAAAAACUAGUCGUGCCGCUGUCAGGUAUUUUAUUUAAUUAUUUUUAACAAUUAAUUUUUAAGAAUUUUUAUUUAUUAUUUUUAUUAAUUAAUUAUUUUUCUACAAAAAAUUAUUUUUAUUAAUUAUAACAAUGAAGAACAUUUUUUUUUUUUUUACAAGCAUUGCUUAAUGCGAUUAAAUUUUUAAAAAUCUUCAAAUUGCAGCAUAUUUUCAGUUAAAAUUAAUUUGAAAAUAUUUUCAAAUAAUUUGAAAUUCAAAUUAACAUAUACAUUUGGUAAAUACCAAAUAAAUAAAUAUAAAAAAUAUUUAUUAAUUUCAAAUACAAGUAUACAAACAUAUAUGGAAUAUACAAAAAAAAUUUUCCAAAAAAUACAGAAAAUCUAAAAUUUGAAUUAUAAAAAAAAAAUAACAUUUCAAAUAUAAAAUAUUCAAAUAUAUUUCUAAUAUAUACAGAAACACCAAAAAAUAUAAUUCCAAAUAUAACAACAAUUGCCAAAUUAGAAAUACAUGAAAUUUUUUCAAAAUUUCAGAUUUUGAAAAUAAUUUUAAUGUUCCCUAAAGUUCCAAUUUACACAAUACUUCUAAAUAUACAAUAAUUUCAACUGAAAAUUAAACGAAAAAUAUUUCUCAAUUUCUAAAAUAAAAAAAAAUACGAAAACACGAUAAUUUUUUAAUUGAAAAUAUAUCGUUUUUUCUCAUUAAAAAAAAAAGAAGUAGCACGACACAUAAAACUAUAUCAGUGUUAUGUCAAUCUAUAAUAUAUAUAAUCUAUAAUCAUAUAAUUGUAUAAUCUUAUAUAUACCAAAUAUAUGGAUAUAUAUUAUAUACACAUAUAUAAUUAUAUUAAAAACUAUAUAUAAACAAUCUAUAAAUAAAAACUAAUUCCCGAUCCAUUAUAUACGACACAUGUAAUUUCUAAAACAGAUUGACAUUAAAAAAAAAAAAAAAAAAAAAAAAUACGUUGGUCGUUUCGCGGACGGUGAUCUUUCGAAAAACGAUCAUUUUCGUGGAGUGGGGGAAAGGGGGUAAAAAACCAAUACUCUCAUAAUAGAACGAUGACGAGGAGAGCGAAGGAACGGAGAGGAAAGCUCUGAUUUGUCUGAAAAAAAAAUUGGGAGGAGGGAAAAGGGGACUUAAAAAUCAACCAAAGUACCAACUCAUUAUUUAAUUAUUAUUAUUAUUAUUAUUAUUAUUAUUAAUUGAAAGACGUAUAAAUAUAAAUAUAUAAAUAUGAACAUAAAUAUAAAUAAUAUAUAUAUACAUAUAUAAAUAUAAAAUAUUGAUAAUAUAUUGAACGAGAAACGACUAGCGACUUAGUAAAUUAUUCUAGUUCUAGCUAAAUUCAUAGAAAUAAAUUAUUAGAAGCGGGUUUUGAAGUGAC